GAUCGAACAGAGUAAAGAGCACUUACUAGCUGCCACAGGUCUAGAGAAAAUGUCAGAACGCAGAAUUCCAUUCACCUUCCUCCGCACUCCAAGCUGGGACCCAUUUCGGGACUGGUACCAAGGCAGCAGUCGCCUUUUUGAUCAGUCAUUCGGUAUGCCACGUAUUCCUGAGGACUGGCACCAAUGGCCCAGCACCAGCUGGCCAGGCUAUGUUCGCUUGUUUCCGAGCCAAUCCAUGGACGUUGUACCCCCCACUACACCUGCACCUGCUGGUGCACCUGCUCCUGACUUUAGUCGUGCCCUCAGCCGACAACUUAGCAGUGGAAUCUCAGAGAUCCGCCAGACUUCAGACCAAUGGAAAAUCAGCUUGGAUGUCAACCAUUUCGCCCCAGAGGAGCUGGUUGUAAAAACUAAAGAUGGCAUUGUGGAAAUAACAGGCAAACAUGAAGAGAAACAAGAUGAACAUGGCUUCAUCUCUAGAUGCUUCACUAGGAAGUACACUCUUCCUCCAGGUGUUGCAAUAAAUGCAGUGGCCUCAUCGCUUUCUCCUGACGGUAUUUUGACUGUCGAGGCCCCACUACCAAAACCUGCCAUUCAGUCUGCAGAGAUUAGCAUCCCAAUCACUUUCCAGAGUCGGGCAGAAAUUGGCACAUCCGAGGCUAAGAAAGGGGAGGAGGCUGCCAAGAAAUGAAAAGACCACAUCGUGUACACAUCACAAGACUACACUUUCCUCUAAAAUGCCACUUUUUUUUUUAACAAUAACUGGUUGAACAAUAAAUACAGAAAAUUAUCAGUGUCUUUUUCUUAAUUUGACUGCAAAAAAGAUAUAAUUGUAGGUGGUCAAGAACCUUAUGAAAAUAAUGAGAUGAACAAGUAUCCAUAUUGUAUAAUAUAAGUACAAGGUAUAGAGAUCAAGUUUACUAGACACUGAAGAUCUAGUAACAACCAUGAUACAAAACAGAUUUUAUACUGACGCAUGCACAUAUAUAAGAAAAUACUAUUUCAUUAUUUGUACUAUGUUCAUAAUGAGUGGAAGAUUCUUCCCAUGAUAAUUUAAAUUUCUAAGGCAGAAAUAAAAUAAUUCCCUAUAUUUGA